UGUAUGACUUAGAAUGCAUUAAGUGUUGAAACAUUUGUUUAUUUAAGCGGAAAUCAAGUAUUAAUAAAAUUUGGUUCAUAAUUUAUAUUCGUUGAAUUAUCCUAACCUAUAAAGUUAUGGAUAUUCCAACUCCUUCGAGUCUAAAUCAUGGAUUUUCUCACGGUAAUGACGGAUUUUUAAAUAUACCCAUUGAAUCCACAAAUUUGGAUCCAUUGUCUACAAAACGUAGGAGCUCUUCACGCACAAUAAAACGCAGGAAAUUUGAUGAUGAACUUGUCGAAACAACAUUUAACUUACAACCACCAGCUACAAGUGCAAAGUCAGCCUCCAGAUCUAGAACCGUUUCAAUUUCUACUGCUCCAAUGGAAUGUAUUCCACAGCAAAAUGUACCAAGUCCUAUUCCAAUUUCUGCAAAUGUUUCUCAAUCAGAUAGAUGCAAUCGACGAGCAAACAGACCAGGAGGAUCUAGUGCACCUGGGAGAAAAAACAAGAAAAAUAAAAAUCAUUCACAUUCUGUGAAUGCUACAAAAGAUCUAGGAAGGUGGAAACCUAUUGACGAUUUAGCAUUAAUCACUGGUGUACAACAAACAAAUGAUUUAAGAAUGGUUCACAGAGGUACAAAAUUCUCUUGCCGUUUUACAUUACAAGAAAUACAACAAAGAUGGUAUGCCCUACUAUAUGAUAGCGCAGUUUCAAGAGUGGCGGUGCAAGCUAUGCGUAAUUUACAUCCAGAAUUAAUUGCUAGUAUACAAGCCAGAACUUUAUAUAGCAAAGCAGAAGAAGAUAUCCUCGGCACUAUAAAAUCGACUUCACAACCAACAUUGGAAGUAUUUCAGGAACUUUUUGAAGCAAACGCACAUACAUUUUAUUCUGCAAGAACUGCAAAAGCCUUGUUAGGUCAUUGGCAAUUAAUGAAACAGUAUCAUCUCCUUCCCGAUCAAACUGCACAAAGUUUGCCACGAGGUGAACAUGUGCUUAAUUUUUCUGAUGCAGAAGAAAUGAUCAACGAUACAGAGUUACUUGAACAGAAAGAUGAGUUUGUAGAUGCAGAAUUUGUCACAGCAGAUAGGAGAAAUAAAAGAGAGAUAAAAGUGUUAGAAAAUGAAUUGUGUAGAUGGCAGGUUCUAGUAGACAGCGUGACAGGAGUUAAUCCACCAGAUUUUGAUAAUCAAACCUUGGCAAUACUUAGAGGAAGACUCGUUAGAUAUUUAAUGAGAUCACGAGAGAUUACCGUAGGUCGUUCAACGAAAGACCAUAAUGUGGAUGUGGAUUUGAUGUUGGAAGGACCAGCCUGGAAAGUUUCACGAAGACAAGGGACUAUUCGUUUAAGAAACAACGGAGACUUUUUUCUUUCUUCCGAAGGAAAACGACCAAUUUUCGUAGACAGUAGACCAAUUCUUGCUGGAAAUAAAAUGAAGCUUAAUAAUAAUAGUGUAAUCGAGAUUGCAGGUCUCAGGUUUAUAUUUUUAAUAAAUCAGGAACUUAUUUCCGUCAUACGUCAAGAAGCUGUUAAACUGAAUUUGAAGCCAUGAGCAUUCUAUUUCAUUCCUUAAUUAGUACUCAAGCAUUAUUAUAAGCAGAAUAUUGUUUAGUAUAUAUUUAUUACAUUAUAA